AUGGAAGCAAGGCCAUUUGGGACCAAGUCAACAAGAGGCUCUGACAAAUCAUUCAACACGUCAACCUCACAGCAUAUUGAUGCCAACAUCCUCAACACCCACUUUACUUCCAUGUCAACCGACCCGUCCAACAAAACUCCACCAACAAAAGCAACAACAAUCGAUAGUCGUCAACAUCAACAAUUUACCCCAUACUCCGUCCUGCCCAUGCUAACGAAAGCCUGUCCACCCAGUACAGGUCUGGACAGUCUACCAGCAUGCUCACAUGGUCUCAGAGGCAUCAAAUUAUUCGACAUCACUGAAUCACUCAUAAUCUCACGCAUCAAAUAUGCAGCUUCCACCUGGUCUGCUUUUGCUACACAACAACAACUUCGGCAACUACAAUCUCUUAUCAAAAAACUAAUCCGCUUCAACUAUCUACCUGCAUCAUAUCCUACCGUCACUCAGAUAUUCAACCCACUCAAUUCAAGAAACGCAAACAUAACCAUCAAGUCGCCACCCAUUCUAAAUAGCAGGAAAAGACUUUAA